AUGCUGGGGUCGGGCUGGCGAAUCAGGGACCGGGAAGCUUCAGCCACAGGAGUGCUGCCACAGCAGGGGGGUCGCGCAGCCGGGCCGAGUGUGGCUCGUGCGCCGUCACCUCUGCGACCUAAGCCUUUGACGGCGACAACCUCAUUCUUGGACGGCGUGUGUCGCAACGGGCAGAGCAAGCAGUCCGCUGACCCAGCCAGCCAGGAUGAAUCGCAUAUCUCUACUUUUACUGCUCCUCUGCGGGCUAGUAGCGCUCGUCAGCGCAAAUUGCAAGUCCUGCAUCACUACUCAAUCGUCUACAAUGUUGAAGAUGCCCCUACUAACACCUCUCAAGCAGCGCCGACGUUCUGCAAAUGCACCUGCUUCAAGAACAGCACCAUCGUCGCCCUCGGCCCGCAACACCAGGACGGCAACUCCGGUACCGCCCCCUCGCGCCGCGAUUCCUCCUCCCCCGACAUCCACAGCCGCGCCGCGUCCUCGUCCUGCUCCCAGUGCACAAAGGCGUUCUGCCUCGGCAGCGGCAUUGGCUUCUGCCGCGACGCCACCGAGGAGGACGUCCAGACCAUGUGCUUCCAGCGCGACAGCAACAAGGACCGCGUCAUCGUCUGGGGCUUCAUUCUCGGCACCGCGGGCCUGCUGGGCUGGGCCGCGCUCAAGAGGGUCAACGAGUUGCGCGAGGGGAAGCGAGCGGCCGAAGCUGCGAGGGCGGGAACUGGGAGGGGAGACUAUAGCCCGUUGGCGCCCCCGACGUCGAAUUGA